GUAAAUUGCACAUGUGAAUGUUUCCAACCAGGGAAGAUAAACCUGAGAACCUGUGAUCAGUGUAAACAUGGCUGGGUGGCACAUGCUUUGGACAAGCUUAGCACUCAGCAUUUGUACCAUCCAACUCAAGUGGAGAUUGUACAAUCCAAUGUUGUGUUUGACAUCAGCAGCUUGAUGCUAUAUGGUACUCAGGCUGUGCCAGUAAGACUGAAGAUUCUGCUAGAUCGGCUGUUCAGUGUAUUGAAACAGGAAGAAGUGCUGCACAUCCUUCAUGGUUUGGGAUGGACUCUUCGGGACUAUGUUCGGGGCUACAUCCUUCAGGAUGCUGCAGGCAAAGUGCUGGACCGCUGGGCCAUCAUGUCCAGGGAAGAAGAGAUUAUUACCCUUCAGCAGUUUUUGAGGUUUGGAGAAACCAAAUCCAUUGUGGAGCUGAUGGCAAUUCAAGAAAAAGAAGGGCAGGCAGUUGCUGUUCCAUCUUCAAAGACAGACUCAGACAUACGAACUUUUAUUGAAAGCAAUAAUCGAACCAGGAGCCCAAGUCUCCUUGCUCACUUGGAGAACAGCAACCCUUCCAGCAUUCAUCAUUUUGAAAACAUCCCAAACAGCCUAGCAUUCCUGCUACCAUUUCAAUACAUAAAUCCAGUCUCUGCUCCUCUACUGGGCUUGCCUCCGAAUGGGCUCCUGCUGGAACAGCCAACGCUGAGACUGCGUGAGCCAAGUCUUUCAACUCAGAAUGAAUAUAAUGAAAGCAGUGAAUCUGAAGUUUCCCCAGCACCUUUCAAGAAUGAGCAGACCUCCAGCAGGAAUGCUUUGACCAGCAUCACAAAUGUAGAGCCCAAAACUGAGCCAACUUCAGUUUCCCCUGUUCAGACUUCUACCCCAGUCAAUGAUUUAUCCAAACCUGAACAUACAAAAAGUUCUUUCAGAAUUCACAGAAUGAGAAGGAUGGGAUCAGCAUCACGGAAAGGGAGAGUAUUUUGCAAUGCAUGUGGGAAAACCUUUUAUGACAAAGGGACCCUAAAAAUCCACUACAAUGCAGUCCAUCUUAAGAUCAAACAUCGAUGUACUAUUGAAGGUUGCAACAUGGUCUUCAGUUCACUUAGAAGUCGCAACCGCCACAGUGCUAACCCCAAUCCCCGACUUCAUAUGCCCAUGUUAAGAAACAAUCGAGACAAGGAUCUCAUCCGUGCUACAUCUGGUGCUGCUACUCCUGUUAUAGCAAGUACAAAGUCCAAUCUAACAUUAACGAGUCCAGGACGACCUCCAAUGGGUUUUACCACUCCCCCAUUAGACCCUGUGUUACAAAAUCCUCUUCCUAGCCACCUCGUAUUUCCAGCUUUAAAGACUGUACAGCCAGUUCCUCCUUUUUACAGAAGUUUACUUACACCUGGGGAGAUGGUGAGUCCUCCAACAUCAUUACCAACAAGUCCAUUAAUGCCAGCAACUGGUACAAUAGAACAGUCUUCUGUCCCUUCAGAAUCAACACUACCCACAGGGAUGAUGCCCAGCCAAGAAACAAAUGCUGACCUUGCCCCUAAGAAAAAGCCACGAAAGUCAAGCAUGCCUGUAAAAAUAGAGAAGGAAAUAAUUGAUACUGCUGAUGAGUUUGAUUAUGAAGAUGAGGAAGUUAAUGAUAACAGAAGUGUAGCUAAUGAUGGUGGUCAUGACAAUCAUUGCCAUUCUCAGGAGGAGAUGAGCCCUGGGUUGUCUGUGAAGGACUUCUCAAAAAAUGGGCAAAACAGAUGCAUUUCAAGGACGGAGCUAAGAAGGACAGAUAGUAUGACAUCAGAAGACCAAGAGCAUGAAAGAGACUAUGAAAAUGAGUCUGAAUCCUCAGAGCCAAAACUCUGUGAGGAAUCAAUGGAAGGGGAUGAACACACGAUACAUGAAAGAAGUAACAAGUCUAUGAUAAACCAUGAGAGACCGGAUGAAAACCACAAUGAUGCUUCCCACCACAGUGAAGUUAAAGUCAAGGAAGAGUUUACAGACCCUACAUAUGAGAUGUUUUACAUGAGCCAAUACGGACUUUAUAACGGAAGCAGUGCUAGCAUGGCUGCUCUCCAUGAAAGCUUUGCUUCAUCAUUCAAUUAUAACAGCCCCCAGAAAUUCUCUCCAGAAGGUGAUUUGUGCUCAAGUCCAGAUCCCAAGAUCUGUUAUGUGUGCAAGAAGAGUUUCAAGAGUUCCUACAGCGUGAAACUCCAUUAUAGGAACGUUCACUUAAAAGAGAUGCAUGUCUGCACGGUGGCUGGCUGCAAUGCUGCUUUCCCCUCCCGAAGAAGCAGAGACAGACACAGUGCUAACAUAAAUCUGCACCGUAAACUGUUGACCAAAGAACUGGAUGACAUGGGACUGGAUUCUUCUCAGCCCUCACUUAGCAAGGACCUCCGUGAUGAAUUCUUGAUGAAGAUCUAUGGUGCUCCACCUCAUAUGGGUUUUGAUCUACGGGAAGACACCUCCUCCCCAGCAGGUACUGAGGACUCCCAUUUGAAUGGAUAUGGACGGGGCAUGUCAGAAGAAUACAUGGUAUUAGACCUGAGCACCACCUCCAGCAUCCAGUCAAGCAGCAGCAUCCAUUCUUCCAGAGAAUCUGAUGCAGGAAGUGAUGAAGGCAUCCUCCUUGAUGAUGUGGAUGGGGCAAGUGACAGUGGCGAAUCAUCACACAAAGCUGAGGCUGCAGCCUUAGGGGUCGGCCUAAGUGCUGAAGUCCCGGGAUCUCUCAUGUUCAACAGUGUUUCCAUGAACAAUGGGGGGAUCAUGUGUAACAUUUGCCACAAAAUGUACAGCAACAAGGGGACUCUCAGGGUGCAUUACAAGACUGUACACUUACGUGAAAUGCACAGAUGUAAAAUCCCUGGAUGCAACAUGAUGUUUUCCUCAGUCCGUAGCCGAAAUCGGCACAGUCAGAACCCUAACCUGCAUAAAAACAUUCCCUUCACCUCACUAGAUUAGUUCAGAGAUGGACAUGGUCA